UUCCCCCGUCAAUCUCAGGUCUCAAACUCCCAUCCUUUCUUUACUAAAGAAGAAAAAACCAAAGAAAGAAACUCUCAUCCUUUCCCUUCAGCAUCUCCAAGGCUUGAAGGCUUCAAACCACAACCAUGGCUGGAACCCACCAAGCUUCUCCCCUCAUCACAAUUCUACCGAGUCCAGGUCUGGGUCACCUCAUCCCUCUCACACAGGUCGCCAGGCAACUCGUGGAUUACCACCACUUCUCUGUCACCUUCAUCAUUCCAACUGAUGGUACUAUCUCUAAAGCUGAAAAAGCUGUCUUAGAUUCUCUCCCCAAAUCCAUAAACUCCAUUGUCCUUCCUCCGGUGAGCUUCGAUGACCUUCCCAAUGAUAUAAAGAUUGAGACCCGUAUCAUACUCACCAUGACUCGUUCUAACCCUUCUCUUCGUGAAGCAUUGAAGGUCUUAACAUCCACUAAUUGUGUUUCUGCUUUGAUUGUUGAUCUCUUUGGUAUUGAAGCCAUGGAUAUCGCUAGGGAAUUCAAUGUUUCACCUUACAUCUUCUACCCUACCACAGCUAUGUGUUUGUCAUUGUUCCUCCAUUUUCCUAAGCUUGAUGAGUUGUACUCUUGUGAGUAUAGAGACAUGCCUGAACCUGUUGAAUUGCCUGGGUGUGUGCCCCUGUACGGAGAAGAGUUCUUGGACCCGGCCCAAGAUAGGAAGAAUGAAGCCUACAAAGGGCUUAUAGACAAUUGCAAGCGCUAUAGAUCAGCUGAGGGUAUCUUGGUAAACACGUUUGUAGCCUUGGAACCAGGUGCCAUCAAGGCCUUAAAAGAUGGUGUAGACCCAACCAUACCGCCGAUAUACCCGAUUGGACCACUCAUUCAGAACAGUUCAAGGGAGGCAGCCGGGGAAUCAGAGUGCUUGAAGUGGUUGGAUGGUCAGCCAAGUGGGGCUGUUCUAUAUGUUUCUUUUGGAACUGGUGGGGCCCUCUCGCCGGAGCAACUUAAUGAAUUGGCCUUGGGAUUGGAGCUGAGUGAGCAAAAUUUUUUAUGGGUUCUUAAGAGUCCAACUUUGACAGCUGCAGAUGCCAAUUAUUUCACAGUCCAAAGCAUUGAAGAGCCUUUGGCAUUCUUGCCCAGAGGGUUCUUAGAGAGGACCAAAGGGCGAGGCAUGAUAGUCCCCUCGUGGGCCCCACAGAUUCAAGUGCUGAGUCAUAGCUCCACCGGAGGGUUCCUCACCCAUUGUGGUUGGAAUUCGACCCUAGAGAGUGUGGUACAUGGUGUGCCCUUGAUUGUGUGGCCACUUUAUGCCGAACAAAAGAUGAAUGCAAAGAUGUUAGCAGAGGAAGGUUUGAAGGUUGCACUGAAGCCCAAAGCAGGGGGAAAUGGAAUAAUUGAGCGAGCGGAGAUCGCGACGGUGGUGAGAAGACUAAUGGAGGGUGAUGAAGGUAAGAAGAUAAGGAUUAGGAUGAGAUUGCUGAAAGAGGCAACUGCUAUGGUAUUGAGUGAAGAUGGGUCUUCAAGAAAAGCAUUAUCUGAAGUUUGUAACAAAUGGAAGAACAAAGUGAGCAUGUGAUGUGUUUGGCUUUUUUAUCUCUUACGCUUACCCUUGUAAUUUCUCUCUUGUUUGGGUCCUGAGAGUUCCAUUCUCUAUAGACUCUGGAACUUAUAUGCUAUUGUUGUUAUGCCACUUCAAGCUUUCA